GUUGACAGCAAUAUAUUAUAUAUUUAGAUAUUUUUCGAAUAUCUUUUAGAAAAGUCUUAAAGAGAUAUCUUUCAAAUAUCAUUAAGACCUCGAUAUUUUCUGGAUAUCUAUUAUGAUUAUUUUACAUUUUUACAUUUUAAUAAGAGAUAUAACAUUUUUAAUUAUUAUACCUACGUAAUAAAUUGAUUUUAAUCACCAAUAAAGCAAAUGUUAACAGGCGAAAUGUUUAAUAAACGAAACAUAUAUGUUUAUCCGUACCGAAAAAAUUGAUGUUUAAUUCGAUGACUUCGGCAGAUCGCGAUGACUUAAAUUUGUUGUUUGAAUACCUUUAGACAUCCCAUUAUUAAUUGAUCGUUCGCGACAGCUCUCUUCUGUCCCAAAAAGUGUCCUCUUAAUUUUCAUCAGUGUGUAUCGGCAAGUCUCCUCACGGUCAUCGCUCCACUCGCCCGAAUCUUCCUAACGUCAUUAAUCCGCAAUAAUCCGUCGGUCGUCUAAGUUAUGCUAAUUGCGAACGGACGGAGUCGCAGAUGCGUCAACGGGCGGACGAUGACAGUACGGGUCGGGGCUAAGUGCCGGUCAUCUGCCGAUCAUAUCUCUUCGCGUACAUUCUCGCCUCGGUGAUAUCGGUACACGUAUCGCGAUGAAGUUCAGCAUAGAGUCCACGGCUUCUUACAACAGCAUCCACCCGGCUUAUCACUAUACUGAGCAGUUCGCCAACAAUGGCGAGACCUAUCGGGACGGCACCAAGUGGUACGGGGUGUUCCUGGCGUUUCUUUCAGGCACCUUCUUCACCAUCAGCUCCGCCCUGGUCAAAGCGAUCCGCAACGUAGACCCCAUGAUUCUGCUGGCCAUCCGCGCCCUAGUGCAGAUCCUGAUGAUGGCCAUUGUGGCUUGUAGAGCGUCCAGCAAUCUCUUCGGCCCCUCCGGCCAAAGAAUACUCAUACAUUUUCAGGGUCUAGUAGGUGGUAUGACCCUGUCGUUGCUGUACUACAGCUUCCGAGAAUUACCUCUAGGCGAUGCCACCACGAUCAUAUUCAGCUCACCGGUGAUCGUCAUCGCGCUUUCUUUCCUCUUUCUGAAGGAACCCUGCGGUGUUCUACGCAUAGUGGUGGUCUGCACGCUCUUGACAGGCGUCAUCCUUGUUGCCAGACCACCCUUUUUAUUCCAGAUGCAUCACGCCGAGAGCUACAACCUUAUGGGAUAUCUGUGCGCCAUCCUGGCCACUCUCUUCAUGGCGCUCAACAUCGUCGUCAUGAGAAAGUGCUCGGAGAUACACUACUCCAUUCUGGUGCUGAACCUGUCGUGCUGGUCGUUCGUCUCGGCCGUGUUCUUCUACUUCACCGUGUCCGGUCAUGGCAUCGGUCACGAGCUCCACCGGAUGCUGCCGCACGACUGGUACACCUGGGGCCAGAUCAUGCUGGUGGCGUUUACCGGUCUCACCGGUCAGGUGCUGGUGACGAAGGCGCUGAAGGUCGAGGGCGCGGGUAAGGUGUCGGUCACCAGAUCGCUGGACAUCAUCCUGGCGUACCUGAUCCAGGUCUACAUAUUCGGCGACAAGCCCACGUCGACCAGCCUGACCGGGGCGAUCCUCAUCAUCUGCUCCGUCGUUUGCAUGGGCUUCGAGAAGGAGAUCUACGCGGUCUGCGACUUCAUCCCCUAGCCAAUGGAACGAGCAUUCGAGCGAUCGAAUCUCGGAUGUAAUGGAAUGAGAAUAAAAUUAAAUACGAUCUCGAAUUGCGAUCUGUGGUGAGAACAGUGGUGAAUCACGAUCGGCAAAAUUCAAUUCCUAUUUUAAAAUAAAAUCACAGGACUAGUCAGAAUAUCGAAACGCUAAAUACCAAUGAAUUUUUAACGAUAGUAUUAGGAUCAACGAAUAUUUAAUUAUUCAAUUUCUUAUUGGAACAAGCUCCUGCUAUCACACAUAAGAAAGGUGCUGAAUUCGCAGGUAGCACUCGCUUGUACAUGAUUUUCUUUGCCUUUUCUAUAUCUCUUUCCAAUUCUUAAAACGACAAUAUACGAUAAACAUCGAUCAUCUAGAAUCUCCAUGUCAAUAAUAAUAGUAAUAAUGAAUCGUAGUAAUAAGUAACAAUAAUACCAAUAAUAAUAAAGAUAUAAUCAAUUUCAAGACAAAUCUAUACGUGCAAAUAUUAUAUACAUAAGUUUAGUAUAGCUGAACAGAAAUGCACGUAUAACUCAUUUAUAUAAUUAUGUAUAAAUAUGUAUAUAUAUAUCUAUCGAUGAUUUAUUCAAUGGGAAAGAAAGAAAGGUACAACUACGAUUAACAGUAAACCGCUAUACCAUAUCCAAGGUAUUAUAAUUAUUUACAUUAUAUAUUCUUUUGUCUACUGUCGUCCCUGACGAAGCGCGCGUGGACGCGCGCCAGUCCUAUUUAAUAUCGCUGGAGAACGGACGCUACUUCUUACUUUUGACAGUGUGCUUACAAAUCUAUAUAUAUUAUAUAUAUUUAUAUAUGUAUACUUCAGAGCUUAGUUUACAAUUUGAGUGAUAAUAUUAACAUGAAACAUGCACAUUUUCUUCCUCACAGCACACACAUUCUCUCUCUCUCUCUCUCUCUUUCUCUCUUCCUUUCUCACAUGCACAUACACGCUUUGCUCCUUUUACUAUUUUUUUCUCUCUUCGAGCCAUGAUGAAAUUCAUUUUAUUAUACCCUAUGGCUAAUCUUACUCUACGUUCUGCCUUACGAUUAAAGAGAAGUUGCACAAUUACUUACAUAUUAUGUACGGAUGACUUCUCGCGCUUGAAAAAGGUAUGUGUACAUAUAUACUUCACAUAUGUAACGUUACUUCAUCCCGCCUCACUUCGCUCUGCCCUCUCUCGCUUCAAUCUACAUUUAUCUCCUAGUUUCGCAGCUUGCACCGCCUACAUGCAGUCGACACCGGCGUCUUCGUUUCUUUCUUGAUGUAAUCACGUCUGCGUCUAAUCUCGUCCCGCGAUACCGUACGUCACGCGGAUCAAUUCAUUUGGAUAAACGUACGAUUCGAGGGACACAUCCGUUAGCGAUGUAACACAGGAAUGUAAUCGCGCACGGUAGAAUCCUUUCGCACAGAAGAAGAGCGAGGAUCGAACGAUUUAAUCGUGUUAACUCUCGCCUUAACACGCAUCUCGCGCGCGCGUGUGUAAAUAUAUGUAUAUAUUUACAUAUAUAU